CGCAUUCAGUCAUUGCACACGAUGACCAACAAGAUUCCCAUAUGAGAAGGCUUUACAUUUUCUUUGUACUGUGAAGCCCGUUAUACAAAAGUGGGCCAAUUUAGGCUAUCGACGAUCGCCGCCUACCACCACCUUAGGUCACACGAGCAGAGCUUAAUCAGGGGUUUAGCCAAACAACCAGGAGGAGAGAAAGGGGAAGAAGCCGAAGCCGAAGCCAAAGCAAAUGACGACGCGAAUCGCUCCAGGCGUUGGAGCGAACUUGCUUGGUCAGCACUCCGCUGAGAGGAACCAAGACGCCACUGCGUAUGUCGGCAAUCUCGAUCCUCAGAUAACCGAGGAGCUAUUGUGGGAAUUAUUUGUUCAAGCAGGCCCUGUUGUUAAUGUUUAUGUGCCGAAAGAUAGAGUGACCAACUUGCAUCAAGGAUAUGGAUUUGUCGAAUUCCGAAGUGAAGAAGAUGCUGAUUAUGCUAUUAAGGUGCUCAACAUGAUUAAGCUUUAUGGAAAACCAAUACGUGUAAAUAAGGCAUCUCAAGAUAAAAAGAGCUUAGAUGUUGGAGCAAAUCUUUUUAUAGGGAACCUUGAUCCGGAUGUGGAAGAGAAACUUUUGUACGAUACUUUUAGUGCAUUUGGAGUCAUUGUUGCAAAUCCCAAGAUAAUGAGAGAUCCCGAUACAGGAAAUUCACGCGGUUUUGGAUUCAUCAGCUAUGAUUCUUUUGAGGCAUCUGAUGCUGCUAUUGAGGCCAUGAAUGGCCAAUACCUAUGUAACCGUCAAAUAACAGUUUCCUAUGCAUAUAAGAAAGACACCAAAGGGGAGCGUCAUGGCACCCCAGCAGAGAGAGUGUUGGCUGCAAGUAAUCCAAGUUCCCAGAAGAGCAGGCCCCAUACUUUGUUUGCAAGUGGACCUCCUACGCUACCUUCUGGUCCCCAGGCCAAUGGUGGUAUAGGCACAGCGGUGCCUCCACGACCUUUCCCGAAUGGUACUAUUCCUCCAAGCCCGAUGCCAGUAGCUCGUCCACCACCCCCUCAAAAUGUUCCAUACCCACAAAUGCAGCUUGGCGGACAAGCACCUUGGCAGGGUCAACCACAACAUCUUGGACAACAAUUUCCCCCUCCAGUCAUGCCGCCUCCCCCCAUGCAGUACAGGCCCCCUCCACCAAACAUGCCACCACCUCCACAGGCAAUGUCUGGUCUUUCUAGGCCUCCACCACCAAUGUCGAUGGGACCGCCACAUGGCUGGCCUCAGCAAGCACCACCACCACAACAACAAAUGGGUGGAAGGCCUCCUAUGCCGCAAAUGUCAAUGCCACCCCCUCCGUCUUCGAGUUGAAUUAUCCUAAUUUCUG